CGCCCAAGUUGCAGCUGCGUUUUUCCACGACUAUUAAGAUCAUCCAUUUCACGACAACAAGAUUUCCCAAAUAGCAACACUUUAAUUUCAAAAUGGCGAUUGGAUUACUUCUUCCUAUUCGAAUUGCUCAAGCAGUUUUUGCUAUCGUCGUACUUGGCUUGUCCGGAUAUGUUUCCCACUGGUACAAUGCCGAUACUUUGACCGCAAGCCCUUCGCAAAUCAACUUUUUGGUUUUCGUACCUGUCUUUACUUUGAUUUCCAUUGUUUAUCUUGAAGUUGCACCCCGCUUCAUGUCGAAAGCAUCUCACCCAUACGCACAUCUCACAUUUGAACUUCUCAACGUUCUUUUCUACUUCGCAGGUUUCAUUGCCCUUUCCGUCUUCAUCAGCAAGCUUCUUUUCUGCCGUGGUUCUGUCUGUGGAGCGGCUCGUGCCGAUGCAGUCUUUGGUGCUUUCAGUUGGUUACUUUGGAUGGGAAGCAGUGCUAUUCUUGCAUUGGAGAUGUUCAAAGGAGGACGAGGAAAGGCUUAUCCUCAACCAAACAUGGCUAUGAAGGAGACUGGUAACCCAGUUUAAGUCCCUAUAUCAGGAGCGGAGAUAAUGCAGAAGACAAUCGGGAAGCAUGUCCAUACUAUAUGGACACUGAUAGUUGAUGAGAAGUCUUGAUGACCAUGUCUCUUUUGAAAAGACGUACUGUAGUUAUGGAAGCAGAGGUUGAUGAAAAGGAAAAGGUUGAUGACUCGAAUGUUCAUGGAGUUGGGGGUCAAAACACACA